CAAGUAAAACUUUUAUCCAGCGCGAGUAACUGCGCGUCACGGGAAAGGAUCCGGGAGCUGCAAUCCACGAUACGCGAAAUGCGUUUCACAACACACAAAAUCGCGGACAACUGGAUCGGCGAUGGCGGUCCUCGAGCUUCUUCAAAGUGUGCCUAUUGCAGCGCGUGGCUAGCUUCCGGUAUAGUCUCUCGUGCGCUGGAUUACCGUGCCUCUAGAUCUCGCCGAGAGGCCGCGAGGUCGGCACUGCAGCUACCUGUUGACUCUCUAGGCUCGCGGGGGAAAGUAUUGAAGGAUGGUAUCGGUCUCUCAUCCGAUGUAAUUGUGGAGCAUCUCCGGGAGCAAAAGCUAGCGCUUCGUUCGGUGCAGUGGAUCAGCGGACGAAGCUUCGAGUGAAGUGCGGAGUGGGAGACCUCUCCGGUGUGAGAUAUGAGGGUCCGGGGACUGUGGCGGAGCAAAGUUGCAGCAGAGGAUGCGCGAGCGAAAGUCGGGCUUCUUCGGGGGAAUUCGCAAGUGGAGAUGAUAAGGCGAAGGGUAGCUGGCAGUUUGGAGUGCGUGUUUCCAUGUACACUCAAAUAUUGGCGUGUGCCUCGGGAGUAGCUGAGCAACAAAAGGGGUUUAGGAGUUCAGAAUGCAGAUGCGCAUCUGACAUUUGGGCCAGAGCGAUAAAACGUAAAGGGCGGGCCUGCCCGAGGAAGGUUUUGCCCCAGGGAGGCGUGCCGUGUCGAGAUCACCAAAUGUGUCGAGCGCUAGCCUUGAUCCUCGUCCUUCUCGCGGUUCUCCUGAAGGACCAUGCCUCCUCCGUGCAUGGGCAGCAGGCGCCGCCUGCUGUGCCCCUCGCGGCUCAGAACUUCUUCAAUGAAGCUGAGAGUUCGGUGGAGUCUCUCGCCGCCAAUGCUAUUCUUAACUACAAGAACAGAGAAGCAUUGUUUACCACAUGCAACUCGAAUUCGAGAUGUUCUGCUUACGCCUGUCAGCCUGUGGACCCCUCUUCAAGCGACUCGCAAUGUUUGGCCAUGCCCGGGAACAUAGUCUGUGGAGGACCCGUAACUAAUUCAAGCUGUAAGAACGGCACUGUGUCGUCGAGUAGUUAUAUACGGCUGCCUCCGAAGGCCAAACAGUCCGACUUAACGUGUGACGCUCAGUUGUCGAUUUGUUCUCAAAAGGAUCUCGAUUCGCAGUCCUUCGAGAAAAUAUACUCGAACGAUGGUGGUCCAUUCAACAAAAUCGCGUGGUCGUUUUUCGGGUUCUCUAACGGAGUCUUUCGUAUCUACCCAGGAUUGGAGCUGCCUCCAAGUGAUUGCAGUCCAUUGUCGUAUGAUCCUAGAAAACGCCCUUGGUAUAAAGCCGUCACAGGCGUGAGCAAGGAGGUUAUCGUCUUGCUGGAUACAGGGGGGCCAAUGGCAGAUGCACUGUCCUUGCGUGCAGGGACUAAAGUACAAGUCUUCUCCGCAGCUCAACAGAUUGUCACAGAAUUUCUGGAUACUCUGAACGCAGACGAUGUUGUUACAGUUUACAGCUUUGACAACGGGGGGACAACUUUGGUCAAUAAGAAGGUCCAAAUCUCAAACGAUGACGCAACAACUAAAAACGUACUCGACCCCUUGAAGAAAGCCGUCAACGCGAUCACGGUCACGUCGAAUGGUGCACAAGCGAAUCUGACGGCGGCACUGGAAUCAACCGUCCUGCAAGGCGGAUUUGACAACUCCACGUCUCGAGUAGCGAGCUUGAAGAUCAUCAUCGUCAUCACAGGAGGAGAGCUCGCAGACGGUCCGACCGUCGAAGUUCCGCUCUCGAUCAGCCAAGGGGUCACCUCCCAACAGGUGCGGACCUUCAUCUACCAGCUGAGCGACAGCACCCCGGGCACUCCGACUCCGGGGGUGGCGGAUCUGAGCUCGCUCGCGUGCACUCUCGGCGGCUCCUACGACGAAGUCCCUCGUGACAACAUUCUCGACGACCCUCUCUCGACGCUGAGAUCCUUCUACAGCUACGUCGGAAGUCUCCGUUUCGCGUUGGAUGGACAGAAACCGCUAUGGGUCCCGUCGUACGCCGCGUAUACCCGCGUCAAGGUGAUGUCCGUCGUUUACCCAGCGUUCGACGGCGACGUCCUGAUCGGAGUAGCCGCCAUAGAUCUAAUUACGGACGCAGUCGAAGCGGAGUGGCCCAACGCCAUCGACAACUGGAGGAAACCCGCCGACAAGAAGCAAAGUCAGGGCUCGCCGGUCAACUGCACCGUAAGCCUGGCACCAGAUGCCGCAGUCUGCUCUGCCGGCAACUCCGCGGACCGGGGACUCUGCGCCGGCUACAUCGCGCCGAGCACGGACCUAGAGUACACAGCCCGCACAUGUUGCGAGGGCUCGUGCUCCGCGAAUCUGCUGUCGUCGGAUGCCGGGAAUAAGACAUCGCAGUCUUUCUUCGACAAAGGCGGGAACAUUGCCCUCGUCGCGGUUGCCGGCAGCGUCGUUUUUCUCUUCUUGAUCUUGCUGUGCUUCUGUGGACGGAAGAUGUACGCGGCGUGCCACAGUUGUGUCAUGACUGUCUCCAAGUCGAACAAGGGACCCACGCGCCCUCCUGGCGACAGGACGGAUCGGAAUGGGGAUGACGAGGUAUGGGGAAUUGCCCUGGGGAGUCCCAGGCUGGGACCCCAGAUGAGGAGCCCAGUCGGGGGUCCCUCCUCCACCGCCACUAGCACGACGCAGUCACCAAAACAUCCGACGCAGUUUGUCAGCUCUCCGGACCCAUCGUCGGUGGGCUCUCCUCAAGUUGCGACGACGGGGUCGAGACUCACGAAAACUUCCGUGCAAGGAGGAGGGAAGGACUCUGGCUCCAAUAUUCACGGACCCUGGACAGAAAUGCUGUAGAUGUAGAGGCACGCAAGCGACAGAAAGUUUUGCAUUGGAUCUUGUACUGGCUGUGACACCGAUCGUCGCCUUUUGGCAUCGCUUUUCUUUGCGAGAGUUAUCUGGACGUGUAGGGUAUUUCCACUCCGUCCGAAAUGCCAUCUUCAGCUUGUACAUAUGUGGAACGAACUCAACCUUUUUGAGGUCGUGCGAGAGCAAUU